GUUGACUCUGCGGCUCUCGAGUUAAAUAUUAACUUGGAGAAGGAGCUUCAUUUGAGCUAGAAGCAGUGGACUUUCCAAACGGAUUCCGCGAUGAGCUCUCCUGUAUACGGACGUGUAAGGUCUCUCUUGGCCUGUAAUCUGGCUUUUAGGACCGCCGGGAACAAAAAUGGCAUUAGAUCCUGGUUGAAGCCACCUUUCAUCAGCAAACAACGGUUGUCUCUACCGUCCCAAAAUACUGCACUUGCUAGAAGUUAUUGUCAGCGCACGGCGCAGAAAGGACUCGUAUUCAGGCAGAUGUUUGAGCCAAUAAGCAGCACCUACACUUACCUGCUAGCCGACUGCGAGACCAGAGAGGCGGUUCUGAUCGACCCAGUUCUGGAAGAGGUGGAACGGGAUGCCAAGUUGGUGAAGGAACUCGGACUCAGACUCCUCUACGCAGCAAACACUCACUGCCAUGCAGACCACAUCACAGGCACUGGGCUCUUGAAGAAGGUGGUGCCAGGGUGCAGGAGCGUCAUUUCAAAGGACAGCGGGGCUAAAGCCGACAUCACUAUCCAAGAGGGCGAUUCCAUCAAAUUUGGCAGAUUCCAUCUGGAGGCUCGAGCCACCCCUGGACACACUGACGGCUGCAUGACCUUCGUCCUGAAUGAUCACAGCCUGGCCUUCACUGGAGACGCGCUGCUCAUCCGAGGCUGCGGACGAACUGAUUUCCAGCAAGGUUCUGCCACAAAACUGUACAAGUCUGUCCAUGAAAAAAUAUUCACCCUGCCUGAGUGGUGCAUUGUGUAUCCUGCUCACGACUACAGAGGAAUGACAAUGUCUACAGUGGACGAGGAAAGGAGGCUGAACCCUCGACUGACUAAAAGCAUGGAAGAGUUUGUCAAUAUUAUGAGCAACCUGAACCUACCCAAGCCUACACAGAUAGACACAGCUGUUCCUGCCAAUCUGGUGUGUGGAAUCCAGGGUGACUGAGGACAAACCCAGACACUGGUUCUCGCUGAACAGAUUAAAUGGUUUAGUUUUUUUCAGCCUUAUUUUGAUAUAUGAAAUGAGCAACGUCAGGUUUUUUUUGUUUUUUUUUUUAAUGAUUUUUAUUAUUGUGUGUAUUGCAAUAUGAAAUUAAGACAGAGGAUACAUGACAAGCAAUUAGUCUGAUAAUAUAAUGGCAAUUUUGUGGCUUUUAUUCUAAGUACUUUGAUUAGAAUUGCCUGUCAGCUAUGACUUCCAGCACUUGAAAAUGUGUGUGUAUGUGUAU